AUGGCUGACCGGGAGCGUAUGCAUGAGCUCAUCCGAGACUCUCCGCCUUGGUACAAAGUACCCAGUCUGAUCAAGCUAUACCUUCUUCUCAUUGCGCCCCUCCUCACUUCAGCGGCGGUGGGAUUCGACAACAGCUUGACCAAUGGGCUCCAAUCCAUCGAUGCUUUUAUGGAUGAGUUUGGCCAUCCCACUGGCUCAAGACUUGGCUUCUUCGGUGCCUCUGUGUCCGUUGGUGGCAUCGUGGGCUGCCUUAUAUGCGGCCCGUUGGUCGAGUACUUUGGUAGACGGCCACUGUGCUCCGCCGGCGCCGUGAUUGUUGUGGGCAUUGCUAUUAUGCAGACCUGGGCCACCAACUUUGAGAUGUUUGUCGGCGGCAAGGUGCUCAUCGGGCUGGGCGUUGUCCUUCAACAAGCAGCAGCGCCAGUUCUUGUAUCUGAGCUCGCGCAUCCCAAGCAACGAGUCUCGAUUACCGCAUUCUACAACACAAACAUCUUUAUCGGUCUAAUCGUCGGAGGCUGGGCCACAUUUGGCACUUAUCCGAUAGAGUCGAACUGGUCUUGGAGGCUUCCUUGCAUUCUUCAGGCCAUCAUUCCCACUUACCAGGCUAUCAUGGUUUGGUUCUGCCCUGAAAGUCCCAGAUGGCUCAUCUCCAAGGGUCGUGUCGAGGAAGCCCGCAAGAUUCUCAUCAAGUGGCACGGAGACGGUGUUGAGACUGAGCUCGUUCGCCUGGAGUUACAGGAGAUUAUCGCUGGCAUUGAGGCGGAUCAGACGCAGAUCAAGCUCAACUGGGAUGGACUCAAGAGCGUUGUCGGUACCAAAGGAAACCGUCAUCGUCUUUGGAUUUGUAUGUGGACAGCCAUUGGUUCACAGUCCAUAGGAGGUGGUUAUACUGCCAGCUACCUCCCUCUUAUUCUCGAUCAAAUCGGUAUGAGGACCCAGUCUCAGAAGACUCUAAUCAACGCCCUCCUCAACGUCUGGAACUGGAUCGUUGCCUUUAUCGCGGCUAUGAUCAUCCCCAAGGUCGGACGACGAACCAUUUUUCUUAUCUCGGCCCUUGGAACCAACGUCACCUUUAUCAUCUGGACUGCUUUGUCCGCCGAGUAUGACAAGAACCCGAAGCUCGGCUUUGGUAUUGGAGUUCUCGUCAUGAUAUUCUCUGGAAGCUUCUUCACCUGCCUGUGCUGGAUUCCGCUGGUCAUCGCCUAUCCCAUUGAAGCUGUCACCACUAAGCAGCGCAGUAUCUAUUUUUCCAUCACCUUGCUCACAAUCAACCUCACUGCCUUCAUCAACAGUUAUCUUAGCCCCAUCGGUAUCGGCGCGAUUGGGUGGCGAUAUUACCUCCCAUGCGUCUUUUGGAACCUGAUCCUUCUGCUCAUCAUCUAUUUCACCUUUGUGGAGACCACUGGCAUGACUCUGGAGGAAAUUGCCACUAUUUUCGAUGGUGAUGAGGCUUUUGAGAAUGCUGCUGCUGCCGUUGGGGAGGAUCUGAACAUGAAGAAUGGUGAGGUUGUUGAACUUGCCCCGACUGCGUCUCAUAAGGACAAGCCUGCUGUUCCCCAUGGUGGCUGGGUUGUCGUCACUGGCGUCAGUGGUCUCGUUGGCUCGCACGUUGCGGACCAAGCCCUCCGCGUCGGCUUCAGGGUUCGCGGGACUACCCGGAGUACCGAGAAGAACGCAUGGGUAAAGGAGCACUUCCAGAGCCGUUAUGGCGUGGAGAACUUUGAACUAUUCGAGGUGCCAGACAUGGUUGCCAAGGGCGCCUUUGAGAAUGUGGUCGCAGGCGUCUCUGGCUUCAUUCACGUUGAAAUUGAUACUACAGGCUCGAUCAAUGCCCAUCUUGCGAUAGAAAACGUCGUGGAUGCAGCCAUCAACGGCAUCGAAGCUGCAGCAAAGGAGUCAGGCAUGAAGCGCUUUGUCUACACGUCUUCCUCUUUUGCGGCCACGUUUCCGAGUCCGGAUAAAGACUCGCCAUCACUACCGAGACUUUCAAUGACGGAGCUGUCAGAAAGGCGAAUCUACGCGGCCAGCAAAGUUGAAGCUGAGCGACGAAUUAUGGCUUGGGUCAAGGAGAACAAGCCUAACUUGGUAGUUAACAUGGUUCUCCCCAACGCGAACAUUGGCCCAAUUAUUAGUUCUACCCAUCAAGGCUAUCCAACAUCUUCUCGCUGGGUCAAGGCCCUUUGCGGAGCAGACUACGACGUCGACCUUAAGAUCCCUGCUCAGCACUUUGUCAACGUACAGGAUGACGCGCGGCUACAUUGUAUCGCUCUGGCUCAUCCUUCAGUAGAGUUUGAACGCAUCUCUGCGGUGGCUGGACCUGUGAAGUCGAAUUCCAUCAUCGACAUUCUCAGGAGGCAAUUCCCCCAGAAAGGAUACAAACAAGUUUUAGAUGAUGAGGAUGAUCUGGCAGUUUAUGGGCCAGCCCAGCGGGCGGAGGAGCUACUUGUUGAGGUGUAUGGCACUGGGUUUGCCAGCUUGGAAGAGAGCGUCUCGGCGAAUGCUGCCGAGUUGGUGAAUUGA